GGAGGCAGGACCCGAGGGCGCCUUCCCUUCUUCCUUCCCGCUUCUCCCCGGGCGCGGCGCGGGUGGCGGCGAUGGGCCCGGCCGCGCUCUUGCUGCUGCUGCUGCUUCCCGGCGCUCUGCUGGGCCUGUGCUCCGCAGGGAGCGGCUGGGAGGAAAGUGCCUGGGGAGGCCGGCGCCGCCCUCUGUCCUGGGAACUGCUGGAGGUGGAGGCGGAGGACCUGGCGUCGCUGGGCUCGGGGCUCGCGGGGGACCUGCUGGACGCGCAGCUGGAGUCGGAGUGCCGGGAGCUCUUGGCUGCCUUCGCCAACAGCAGCGCGACGCUGACGGGCUGCCUUGCGCGGAGCGCCCGGCCUGUGAGGCUCUGCCAGAACUGCUACCGCCAGUUCCGGGACGCCACGGAGCAGUACGAGAACAUCGCCCGGGUCGUCGGGAACGCUACCAAGAGUAACCCUUGUGCCAAAAGUCUCUUGAUGUCGGAUAGACUGCAGAUAGUUGUUGUCCUGGAUAAGUUUUUUAACGACACAUGGCAAAAAGCAAACUGUGCAAGUUGUUUAAAGAACAACAGUGAAGGCUUAUCGAAUAGUACAGAGAUGUUCCUGGCCUUAUUCAAUGAAACAUUGGCAUGCUUUGAACACAACCUCCAGCGGCAGGAGGACAAUGCACCACCAGGUAACUACACAGAAGUAUGCAAGAAGUGCAAUGUCACGUAUGAAAAGUUAAAUGCCAUGUACAACAGGAUGCAGGAGAGUGAGAAGAAAGGUGAAUCUGAAGAGCAGGCCCAUUUGUGCAUUGAUGUGGAAGAUGCAAUGAAUAUUACACGAAGGCUUUGGAGCAUGACUUUCAACUGCUCCGUCCCCUGCAGUGAUACAGUGCCAGUGAUUGCAGUUUCGUCAUUCAUUCUCUUUUUGCCAGUUGUUUUCUACCUCAGCAGCUUCCUUCACUCGAAGCAGAAAAAACGUAUCCUGUUUCUGCCCAAGCGGAUCCAGUCAAAUGCCAGUUUUGCGAACAUACAAGACAAAUGCAACUGAACCUGCAGAAUGCAGACUAGGAUGGAAUAUUUAUAUACUGAUCUGAAAGUGAUUCAUUCUGGUUUAGGCUUGUGCUGUGAGGUAACAAAGAAAACAACAUGCAACUCUCGGAUGGGUCCAAUAAUUGAAAACGCUGGUGUGACACUGUAUGAUCUUCCUGCUAGAAACAGAUGCAUUUCCAGUUCCACCUGCAUUUGUGCUUUCGAGUCAUUUGCUUUCUGAUAGGUAGCUUUGGAACACAUUCCUGUCCUUCACAUUGGAUUGAUAGCAAUCCAAUUUUAAUUUCCACGUAUGAUGACUUUACAGAUUCACAACCUUUGCUAUUAUUUAGUAACAUUCUUGCUUGUAACCAGUGUUUUUAUUAUUUUUUAAAGAAAGAUGUUAUCAGAAAAUGAAAUUAGAUCUACUGCCUUAACUGAUUUUGCAACUUUCA